AUGGAACUGAACGCAACCGCAGAUUUUAAAACCUUUUUAUCCAAAUAUUCCUCGACGCAGAACUGGUCGAGCGAUUGCGACGAGACGGCCAAGAGUAAUGAUAACCAUAGCGUUGUUAGCAAAGCGGACACUUCUUGGCGUAACACAAAGCCUCGCCCGCUUCGACGGAGAAGCGUGGCUGCAACUAGUAAUGCUAAAGUGAGCGUACAGCGAGGGAGGAAUGCACGACACGAGAAAGCUGUGCGUAAUAGCCCUGUAACCGAAUAUCGCACAUUGAUCGAUGUUAUCGAUUAUGACUUGGAUGUUCUUUUUUGCGGAAUUAAUCCUGGAAUAAAGAGCUCACUGGCAGGGCAUCAUUUCGCCGGACCCAAUAACCAUUUUUACCCGUGUUUAUAUGAAAGCGGAUUGACACGCGGCGAACGAGUGACAUUUAAAGAUGAUAUUCGAUUAGCCUGUGAUUUUGGAUUUGGAAUUACCAAUGUAGUUAAGCGAGUCAGUCGAACGUCAUCUCACUUGACUCCAAAAGAAUAUGCCGACGGGAUACCUUCGGUCGUUGAAAAGGUGAAACAAUACAGGCCAAAAUAUCUCUGUUUCGUUGGUAAAGUUGUCUUUGAGUCGUUUUCUAGAUGGUGGUUUCAACAACAUGGGAAAGCUUCUAAAAAUUGGAAGCCGACAUUUGGCUUUCAGAGUGAUAUGAAAUUGUCAUGGGAUAACUGUGAUGGUGAAACCAAGAUAUUUGCAGUACCAUCCACGAGCGGUCGCGUCAGUCAUUACCAAAAGGAUGACAAAGUUGGGUUCUUUAGAGAUCUAAAGAAUUUACUUAACGAUGACCCAUAUGUCUUGUUUACUGAAGAGACAAAGUUGAGUUAA